AUGAAUCAAUACAAAAAAUCUGCAGCAAAAAAUAAAAUACCUGAUAAAGAAAUCGUUGAAAUAGAUCGUAGACAAACUUCAACUACUCCUAAUACUGAACAAACUUCUACUUUAAAAAAAGUUAAUAUAUUGAUUGUUUUACAUUAUUCUGUUUCGUUAUUCAAAGAAACGAAUCAAUAUGAAAAAUCUGCAGCAAAAAAUAAAAUACCUGAUGAAGAAAUCGUCAAAGUGGAUUAUGAACAAGCUUCAAUUACUUCUGCUACCGGCCAAGUUUACCAAAAAAAUUAUCGAGAUCCAUUUGUUCUUGAUAUAAGUCAAGUUCUAAUAGAAUCUUGUCAAAAGUCAAAGACAAGUCAAGAUUUAGAAGAAUCUCAUACUGAUAAAGAAAUGACUAAUAUGCAUUUUCUGAAAAGUUCUUUUGAAUAUACAAGAACUAUUAAAUCACGAGAAUUGUCUUUAUCUCGAAUGCCACACAGAGAUUUCUUAUCACGAGAGUUUUUACCAUAUGAUUUUUCUUCAAGUCUUAUUGAACCAUCAGAAUCAUUGACGUAUAGAUACAAUAAUAGUAAUUAUGAAAAGUUGAAGAGAGGCAGAAUGUGCGAAGUCUAUAAAAAGUUAAAAGAAAUUAAAGGCAAACUAAAUGAACUUUGCCAAGAUUAUAUCAAAUUACAUUCACAUAAUAAGUAUAUCAAUCACGAAAAUAAAGUUCUUCGAGCUGAGAUUAAUAAUCUUAAAUCACAAAUAUCAAGCCAAGAUGAUGCUGAUGUCAAAUCAUCAGAAAGUGAAAGUAAUGAUAACGAUAAUAGACCUGGCAAAAAAAGAAAAACUGAAAUGAAGCAAAUAAAUGAUUGGUUAGCUGCUUUAUUCAAGUAUCGCAAAGCACAACUUUUAUAUAUUGAGCGAGGUGUAAUUGAUAAAGAUAACAGAAAGCUGCAUAAAAAUAAUAGAUUGAGUAAGAAAAAAUCACGUAGAGUUAAGGGUGCUAUUUCACUUUUCAAACGUAAUGAUGAUCGAGUAAAAGAUUAUGAUAAGACAGAGGUCCUAAACAUUCUGAAAGAUACUUGCUACCAUUCACCUAAAGACUCAGAAACAGAUAAAGAACAACUAGAUGGUAAAAGAAAAAUUAUCGUUUAUGAUUUGAGUUGGCAUUCUGAUGAGGUAUAA